AUGGCUGACGGUUUCAUGAACAAGCUUAAGCACACCUUCAGCUCGAAGGAGAAGAAGCACGACAAGAUUGUCCGGGCAGCUUACCGCGCCGGCAAGCGCAGGGCCCACACCGAGGCCGGCACCAAGGGCGAGCCCACCACGCUGAGCUCGAGCGCCCUGUCGAGCGACGAGAGCCAUGCUGCUGGCGCGAAACACGCCGCCCAUCUGAAACAGGCCACUGGGCUGGCUGCACCAGGACAGACGUUUGGCCAAGGCUCCGACCCUGCGGCCGCUAGUGCUGCUGGAGCCGCCUUGGGAGCUGGAACGGGCGCUGGAGCAGGCGCUGCUGCCAGUUCUGGCUCUGGUUCUGGUUCGUCCGAGGGCAAUGUGGUUCGUUCCACCAACAAGGGCCGUGUGGUGACGCUGCCUCCUCGGGUUUCGCGCAAGCCGUUGGACAAGGACUGGGGAGGUGACUACACCAACGAGAAACAGCCCACCGAUGUGACAGGCACUGGUCCCGACUCUGCCGAAAAGGUGAUUGACAACAAGAACCCACGUUACGAGAACGACGCCAGCAAUGUUCAAGGCCACGGCAAGUUUUUCGAUCCUAAAGAUACUCAAGGUGGAGUCUAUGGAGCUGGUGCUGCUGGUGCAGCUGGCGCAGCUGGUGCAGCUGGCGUUGGCGCUACCGCCGCUGGUGUUGGAGGCAGUUCAGGCACCGGUGGAGGCUACGGUGAAGGCUCCGAGGCCACAAGAGAAGAGUUGCCAGCGAAUCGCAACUUGAAGACAAAACCUGAGGCGUACGCUCGCCAGGAGCAGCAGGAGGAAGAGGAGCGCAAGAUCUCAGAGCAGGCUUACGCUCAGGGCCACAAGCAAGCUACCGAAACGUACCACCAGGGCCAGCAGCAGGGCAAGAAAGAGGCCAAAGAAGGCAAGACCUCGGGCACUGACUCUGGCAGCAAACUUGAUCCUUCCCAAGAGCACUCUAAAAACAGGUCCGCCUACAAUGAAGGUGGCGUGAAGCAAGCGUACGACGAAUUGAGCGGAGGCGCCGCUGGAGGUGCUGCUGCUGGAGGUGCUGCUGGAGGUGCUGCUGGGGGCGCCGCUGGCUCUGCUGUCGGAAGCAAGUCUGGCACGAAGAGCGAAUCAUCGAACAUUGUCCACGCUGGCGAGCCACCUUCGUCCAGCAACUUCGACUACGACUCUGAGAUCAAGCGCUUGGACCAGAACAUUGCCACCACCCAGCGUGAGAUCGAUGCCAUCCAUUCGCAGAAGGGCGCCAGCGCUGGCGCAGGCGCAGGGGCCCCUUCAAAGGGCACUUUGGACCCAAGAGCGCAGGGCACCUCGUCAGGGCUGGGCAGAGCGCUCGCGGGCGCUGGCACUGGUGCUGCCGCUGGUGCUGCUGCUGGAACCGCUGCCGGCCACCACUCUUCCCACGAGUCCUCGCACCCAUCUCAAUCUAAAAAAACUGCUCUGUCUGACAACGACGAAUAUAAGGAGUACUACGACGCUGGCGUGAGAAAGGCAGCCUACGAGUCUGGUCAGUCUGCAGCUCGCCUGGGCACUGGCACUGACAAGGAUGCUACAACAGACUCUCGUGGCCAGAGCCACACUGGCGAGGGUCUUGUGGUGGGCGCGGCUGGUGCACUCGGCGCCGCAGGCGUGCUCGCUUCGCAGGCUCUCGGUUGGGGACAAAACAAGGACAAAGAGACGCAGGGCGAAACCAAUGCCUCAACUCACAUUCCUGGUACUAGCCCCGGCGCUGGUGCUGGUGCCGGUGCCGACGAUACUGCCACCACCAAGUCCGGUAGCUCAAGUAGCUACCUCGACUCUGCCAAGGGUGUUAUUGCUGGCGCCUUGGGCUACAACCAAAAGUCUGACGAGACGCCAUCUGGCGCAGAGCCAACCUCUGCUGCUAGCACCAAAGGCAAUCCUGCCGCCGCACAAGGGUCUCAGGCAGGCGCUGCACGCGACGUGAGGACCGGCGGCGACCCUGAGGUGAAGCACGAUGGUUUCAACGAUCCUACCACCGGCGCAGCCGCUGGGUCUGUUGGCCACGACCGCAGAAGCGGUGCUGACGAGGCUGCCAGAGAGGCUAAAAAGGAUGCUCAGCGUAGCACCGAGGAGUCUCAGUCGCAGACUUCUGGCGGCGGUUUCUUGAGCAAGCUAGGAUUUGGCGGCGGCAGCGGCGGUAGCGGUAACAGCGGUAACGAAGACAAGACCACCUCUGGCAGUAGUGGCUCGGGCUCGCACGCACCUGAGAGCAAUCUUGUGGAGACUGCCGCAGCCCACUCCGAGGAGGUCGCGCACGAGCCUCCACAUAAAACGAACAAGAGCGCCACCGUUGAGUCUGGCAAGGAUAAAGACACCAUGGCCGCUUCAUCUUCUAGUGGCGGUGAUUCGAAAGCACCUUCUACGGAGCAGAAAACAUCUGCGCUGACUCAAUUGGAAAAGGACGCUGCCGAGCACAACCAAAAGCACGGUAUCAAGAACGACGGCAGGUCGUUAAUCGAGAUUGCCGAGCAGGACGACCCAUCAAUCUCCAAGUUGCACCACGCGAAAGCCCUUAGCGGCGCCGACGAUUUGGGCGAGGAACAAAGCAGCUCUGCGGCAGUCAAGGGGGACGUGCAGCAGGUACCAGAGACGGCAUUGCACCCCAAGAGCGAUUUCAUCAACUCAGGAGGCAAGGUAGGUUCUUUGGGCGGUGUCAAUGCUGAGGAGGCCACUCGAUCAGAGACCAACGCGGCGACGAAGGAGGUGAGCGAGGCGAGCGAGGCUCACUCGCUGAAGGACCCAGCUGGGAAGGAUGCUGCCAAAAAAUCACAAACAUCGACGGAACAUGCUCUGAGUACAGGGAGGUCGCUGGCCAACCCGUACUACCACGGCAAAGACUCCCCAUUCUACGCUCCCGAGCGGGGAGGUACCCACCCUGCGCCCAGAGUCUCUGGCCAAGCGUACGUGACUGACGAAAUGAGAGAGAAGCGUCGCAGAGAGGUUGAGGCCGAGGGCGCUGCGGCAGGAGCGUUGGGCAUAGGAGCAGGCAGCUUUGGCGGUGUUCACCACAAGGAGCUGGGUGCGAAAGAUACCACUACUUCUGCGCCACCUCCACAUUCAGCAUCCAAGAGUGCCGGCUACCUGGAGCAAGAGUUGUACGAGAAAAACAUCAUUGACAGCGCGUAUGCUGCAGGCGUCAAGUCCGUUGCCAACCAAAAAGGUAUCGGCCAUGAAGGCUCCAGUAAGACGAAAGGAGAGCCUGUUGUGGAGGUGAUCGGAGUGUCUGAUCGCGACAAGGCGCAAAAAAUCGCCCUCAAAGCUACCAAUGAAUUGGCCCGCCAGGGAAGAGACGUUCUGCUGGGCAAGAUUGUGGUUGAUGCGAACAAGCGAGAGAUAUACAUUGAAGAGAAUGCUGAGGACGCUGAGAGAACUCGCGAGGCCGAGAAGCACCAAAAGCUGGCCGAGAGGACUAGUGGAGGGGGUAUCGCGGGUGCUGCUGUGGGUGCCGCUGCUGGAACUGCUGCUGCUGGCACUGCCGCUACCGCCGCUCCAGACGCUCCAGACGCUGCGUAUGGACAAAAGAACCCCAGAGAAGUGGAUCCCAGACAAUUCCACAGCCAACACCAGGAGGUGAAGAGAGAGCUUGAGCAAGAUGCCAAAGAAGGGCGCCUUGGAGAUGUGGGGAUGUCGCAUCAUUCCGGUCACUCUGAAGCUGGCACUGCUGCAGCCGCUGGUAUCAUUGGUGCUGCUGCUGGCGCGGGCGCGAUAGCUGCACACGAGAAGUUCGGCAGUGGGCUGAAGACGCAGGCACACCACCCAGAUGCAUCGUUCUACCUGGCGAACCCGCGCGAGGUGGACCCUCGAAAGUACCAUCUGCAGCACGAGAAAGUGAGGGAAGAAUUGCAGGAGUACGCUGACGAAGGGCGGUUGGGCAGCGCUUCUGAGGCUGCGAAGCAUUACAAUACUGGCCUUGGAGGAGGUACGUCCUCGCACCCAGAUGCUGCAUUUGACGAGCCCAACCCUCGUGAAGUUGACCCCAGAAAGUUCCACAAGCAGCACGAAGUGGCCAAGGAAGAACUUGAAGAGUUUGCGCAAGAAGGCCGUUUAGGCAAUGUCGGCGCUGGUUACGAUCUCAACGAGGAAUCUGCGGGUUACCAUGAACCGUACCCCAGCACGUCGUCUGCCUCUGGUUCGCAGGCUGCUGGGGCUGCUGGAGCCGCUGGAGCCGCUGGUGUUGCUGGAGCCGCUGGAGCUGCUGGAGCAGCUGCUGCGUCUUCGAGAAGUUCAUCUUCGUACCAGAACGUCAAGGUGAUUGGGGUAAAGGACACUGCCGUUGCAGAAAAGUUGGCGCGACAGGCGGUGGCUGCAGUGCAAGGGCGAAGCGACAUUUUGAAGCGCACCAAGGAGCUCAGAGUCGAUUCGACGGGCGCCGUGACAGAUCAGGAUGGCCAAUUUCUUAUUCAGCUUGGACGUGGCCACGGUCUGGUUUCUGAAGAUAGAGAUGUGCAACCUCACGGCGGCGAGGUGACUCCUCCAGUUACAGGGAGCCAGAGUCAAAAACGGGAUGUACCCGAGGCUGGUGCUGCUGCUGCUGCUGUUGGUGCUGCAGCUGCUUUGGCGGGCGGUGGAGUUGCGAAACUGAGUCCCCUCAAGCAAGGGUAUCCUGGCCCAGAAACAGCGAAGGGGGCUGCUCCAACGCGCGACGAGCAGCCUCAUUUCGGCUCGCAUAACCGUCUGAAGUUCUACGCUGGCGGCACUGCUGGUCCUACUAGCCACUCUGAGGAAACUAGUAUUGCCGCUACUUCUCCUGGCGCUGCCACUGGUACUGCUCCUGGCGCUGCCACUGGUGCUACUGGUGCUGCUUCUACAUCUGAGACAUCGCAGUCCUUGUACUCGAUGCCCGGCUCGUUUGAAUUUUGA